AGGAUUAACACCGCUGGAUCUACUCAGUGGUUUUAACUACUCUCGGAACAAAUCGCAGAAUAGUCAUCAGAAAAAAAUGGCAUCCUCUCUACUCAACAGUUUCCGUCUCAACACAGACGAAGGCUGGCUUCCAGCUUGGUUACUGAUCGUAUCAGUAAUCUCGACCGCAAAUAGUCUCCAAUCCUACCUCAGCCCUUCAUACCAUCAACAACUCUACAUCGGCUCCUCACGCAACCCUUCCCCUUCGGCCCCUCUCGCAGCUCGCACUUUCGGUACCUGGACGUUUCUCUCGUCCGUUGUGAGGGCGUACGCAGCAUAUAAUAUUCACAAUCCCGUGGCUUACGAUAUGGCGUUUUGGACUUAUGGUAUUGCGCUGGGACACUUUUUGACGGAAGUGGUUGUUUAUGGGUCGGCGCAGGUGAGGGGGAGGUUUGUGUUUCCAUUGGUGUUUGCGUCGAGUGCGUUGGUAUGGAUGGGUUCGCAGAGGGGGUAUUAUCUUUCUUAAUUCAUUGCAGAUUGGGAGACAUGAAGACAGAUGUAUGGAGAAUGUGUGAUGUACGCAAUAGUUAUGUAUUAUAAUAGUAUCUACAGUCUUUUUCUGU